AUGUCCACCAGCAACAUGGAUUUUUCUUCUGGAACCACUGCUCAAUACUCAUGCAAUUUCACAUUGCAGGAUCCACUCACCAUUAUUUUCGGACCUAACGGAAUUGCCAAGAGAGUCACUGCCCCAGCACUUAGCCCAAUCAAGCAGCCAAAUGACGAUGGACCAAGGAUAUCCAACAACAAGUCAGCUGCAAAAACAGAGGGAAAGAAGAAGAUGUGA